UUCUAUUUUGUUUCAGUCUUUUGGAGAUCCAAAGAUGUUCCUUUCACAAAUAAUAUGGUUGAAUUCAACAUAUUAUUAAGUAUUCAAUAUCUCCUAAUCUUGUUUGCUGCUAUAAUGCAUUCCAAUCAAAUCAACCAAUGUCCUUUGUAUCCAACCUUUCAGUUCAACAUCUCAUUAAGUUUUCAAUGUGAUCUGUUUGCCUACAUCAUCAAAAAUUCCGAACUUUUGGCCUCAAUUCAACUCUAAUCUCAGGUGUUUUUCCCUUGCUGAUAAAUGGGGGGCAGGACCAGACAUUCAAAGCAAGAAAAAUCCAAACAAACCCCAGACAAAGAAUACCAAAAUCUCUCAUAUUCUACUAGUUCUUCUGCAAUUCUCUUAUGAACUACUUAAGUUCCUUUCCAAACUUCCAAAGCACCAAAUUGUUGCUACCUCUAUAGUAAACUGCCAUCAUUCUCUUGAACUUCACUCAUAGAAGCUUAAUCCUUACAAUGGAGUGUGGAAGCAAUCCCCAUUAUAUGAAAUGCUGCAAAUUUGGGCUAUUUGUAAUGUCCUUUCUUCUACUCAGCCUUCCUUUACCCUCAGCAGCUCUUGGAGGAAAUGAAACAGACAAUCUUGCAUUGCUUUCUUUCAAAUCUGAGAUAACUGCUGAUCCAUUUGGCUUGUUCACCUCCUGGAAUGAAUCUGUUCAUUUCUGCAACUGGGAAGGUGUUAAAUGCAGUCCACAACAGAGAGUUACUGAGUUAAAUCUUCCCUCUUAUCAAUUCAUAGGUCAAUUAUCACCUUCUAUAGGGAACUUGAGCUUCCUUACAACAUUAAACCUCCCUAACAAUAGCUUUGUGGGGGAAAUUCCACAAGAGAUUGGUAGCUUGAGCAAGCUGCGAGUAUUGGCCUUGGACAACAACUACUUUGUAGGGGAGAUUCCCAUCACCAUAUUAAACUGCUCAGAGCUUCAUUACAUUGGAUUCUUUAGGAACAAUCUCACUGGCUUACUUCCAAAAGAAAUUGGAUUGUUGGCUAAGCUUGAAGAACUUGAGUUGACUUCCAACCAACUGUUUGGAGAAAUACCUGAAUCACUUGGAAAUCUGUCAUCUCUUUGGGGCUUCUGGGCCACUUUGAAUAAUUUCCAUGGCAGUAUUCCUUCUAGAUUUGGGCAGUUAAAAAAUUUGACAGUUCUUUCUAUUGGAGCAAACAAUCUGACGGGCACUAUUCCUUCCUCAAUCUACAAUCUUUCAUCCAUAAAAAUAUUUUCACUUCCAUUUAACCAGCUUGAGGGUAGCCUUCCCACAGAUUUAGGCCUCAUCUUCCCAGAACUUCAGACCCUUAGAAUUCAUACCAAUCAAUUCAGUGGAUCAAUUCCUUUUACACUAUCCAAUGCCUCAAAAAUUCUGGUGUUUUCCAUCUCAAAAAAUAAAUUUACAGGGAAAGUGCCUAGCUUUGCAAACAUGAGGGAUCUUGUGGAACUUGGACUUUUUGCAAACAAUCUUGGAUUUAGGGAUGUUGAUGACUUGAAUUUUCUCUCUUCUCUUGUCAACUGCACCAAUUUGAGUUCUGUAGCCAUCAGUGACAACAAUUUUGGUGGGGUGCUUCCAGAAUAUAUAAGCAACUUCUCUACAAAGCUGAGGAUUAUUGGAUUUGGAAGAAACUAUAUUCAUGGAACCAUUCCAACUAAUAUUGGGAAUCUCAUUGGAUUGACAGCAUUAGGUCUGGAGAGCAACCAACUGACUGGUUCCAUACCAAGUUCACUGGGUAAACUAAAAAAACUGGGUGAUUUGUUUUUGAAUAUGAACAAACUCUCAGGGACAAUCCCCCACUCCUUUGGUAAUUUAUCUGCACUAGGAAGAUGUAAUCUGAGGUUAAACAAUUUGACAGGAGCCAUUCCAUCAAGUCUUGGGGAGAAUCAAAAUUUGCUGAUGCUAGCACUUUCUCAAAACCAUCUAACUGGUAUAAUACCAAAAGAGUUGAUGAGUAUAUCAUCUUUAUCAAUUGGUCUAGAUUUGUCUGAAAAUCUUUUGACUGGCUCCAUUCCCUUUGAAGUAGGCAAGUUAAUCAACCUUGGCUAUUUGCAUAUUUCUGACAACAUGUUAACUGGGGUCAUUCCCUCUACUCUCAGUGAUUGCACAAGCUUAGAAGAUUUGAACUUGGGUGGAAAUUUUCUUCAGGGUCCUAUACCUCAGUCUUUGAGUUCUUUGAAAGGUAUUGAAGAACUCGAUCUCUCUCGCAACAAUCUGUCAGGCCAAAUCCCAUCUUAUUUUCAAGAUUUUAACUUCUUGAACUACUUGAAUUUAUCUUUAAACAAUCUGGAAGGUGAAGUUCCCACACAAGGAGUAUUCAGAAAUACAACUGCCUUUUCCAUUAUUGGAAACAAAAAACUUUGUGGUGGUAUACCUGAAUUGAAUCUAUCAAGAUGCAGUUUUCAAAAUCCCACAAAGCAGAAAUCAACUAUGACACUGAAAGUAAUCGUUUCUGUCGCUGGUGGAUUGGUGGGAAGUCUUCUGGUCUUCUGUAUUGUGCUUCUUUUCUGGUCAAGGAAGAAAAAGAAUAAGUUGGAUUUAAAUCCAUCACCAAGAGUUUCCUGUCUUGUUGUAUCUUAUAAUGACCUUCUCAAAGCUACCAAUGAGUUUUCUCCCAACAAUCUAAUUGGAGUUGGUGGUUAUGGAUCUGUCUAUAGAGGAUCUCUCAGUCAGGAUGAAAGUGUUGUUGCAAUUAAAGUGUUCAACCUUGAUCAUAGAAGAGCAUCAAAGAGUUUUCUGGCAGAAUGUGAAGCCCUUAGAAACCUUAGACAUCGAAACCUUGUCAAAAUUCUUUCAGCAUGUUCGGGUUUUGAUUUUCAAGGAAAUGAUUUCCUGGCAUUGGUUUAUGAUUUCAUGGUGAAUGGGAGCCUAGAGAAUUGGCUACAUCCAGAUGGUAGUUUAAACCAGGAAGAGGACAAAAGACAUUUAAAUAUCAAGCAAAGGCUAAAUAUUGCCAUUGAUGUGGCUAGUGCUCUGGAUUAUCUGCAUAAUGGUAGCCACAUACCAAUAGUUCACUGUGACUUGAAGCCUAGCAAUGUUCUUUUGGACUUUAACAUGACUGCUCACCUUGGAGAUUUUGGACUAGCAAAAAUUAUGGCUGAAACUUCCUUCCAAAACAGAUCAACCGAAACCGGUUCCAUCGGUAUCAGAGGCUCUAUUGGAUAUGCACCUCCAGAGUAUGCUAUGGGAAGCAAGGUUUCUACAUAUGGAGAUGUGUACAGUUUUGGCAUCCUAUUGUUGGAGAUGUUCACAGGAAAGAGGCCAACUGAUGAUAUGUUCAAUGAUGGCUUAACCUUGAACAACUACGUUCUUACCGCUUUACCGGACCGGGUAGAACUAAUAGCAGAUUCAACAAUGAGCCUUCAAGAACUAGAGGAAACAAGUAACAAUAAUGCUAUGAUGCAGGCUAAUCAAUCACUUAGAAUAAGAGAGUGCUUGUUUUCCAUUUUCAGCAUAGGAAUUGCCUGUUCUGCUCAAGCACCUACUCGGAGAAUGAAUAUCAGUGAUGUUGCUGCUCAUCUUCGCCUUGCAAGAGGAAACUUUACUAGGGGCUAGGAUGUGUGAACAUAAUGCACUGGAACAAAAAUUAGCAAGCUGACAAGCCUCACUGAUCACUAGC